GGCGGCCAUAUUGAUUGACAGUUUGCGCAUGUCACGAGAAACACGUUGUACAGAAAGAAGUUGUCAAGUUGACUGUGUGAGCUACAAUGAAUUGAAAGAUUAUUUUGUCGGUUAUUUUAAAUCAAAAUUCUCAUCAUUUUAUCGAAAAAUAUACAAAAAGAGAUAAUGACUUCUGGUGAUACAAGACGAAUUCUAGCCCAAUUUAAAAGCGAAAAUGGUGACCUCGUUGGGACGCCAUUUGACUUGCCACUGGAUACAACUGCUCAUAAAUUACAACUAGUUUGCCAGGCUUUGCUUUCUCAGGACAAGGAUAUGGUGUAUUCAUUUUUCAUCAAUGGAUGUGAAAUUACAAACAGCAUUGAUGAUGUCAUGCAGCCGGAAACUAUGGAAACUGAGAAAAUGGUUGAGAUUGUAUACCAACCGCAAGCGGUCUUCCGUGUUCGUGCUGUCAGUAGGUGCACAAGCACCAUUGCAGGUCAUUCAGAGGCAGUCAUUUCACUUGCAUUUAGUCCAUGUGGAAGAUAUCUGGCUAGUGGUUCCGGGGAUACAACUGUUAGAUUUUGGGAUUUGACAACAGAAACACCACAGUUCAUUUGCCAAGGUCACAGGCAUUGGGUGUUGUGUAUUGCUUGGUCAUGUGAUGGGACCAAAUUAGCAUCUGGCUGUAAAAAUGGGGAGAUAAUUCUGUGGGACCCAAAAACAGGUUUGCAGCUUGGGAAAAGUUUGAAAGGUCAUCGUCAAUGGAUCACGGCAUUAAGUUGGGAGCCAUUGCAUAGAAAUCCUUGUCGAAUGUUGGCUAGCAGUUCUAAGGAUUGCACUGUCAAAAUAUGGAAUACCAUAGCCAGUAAACUAUCAAUGACAUUAUCUGGUCAUGUGCAAUCAGUGACAUCUGUAAAAUGGGGUGGAGAAGGAUUAAUUUACACUGCAUCACAGGACAGAACUAUCAAAGUUUGGACAGCAAACACUGGAAUGUUGUGUCGUACACUUCAAGGGCAUGGUCAUUGGGUGAACACAAUGGCCUUGAAUACAGACUAUGCAAUAAGAACUGGUGCUUUUGACCCAAUCAACAUCCCAAACAAUGAAAGUUUGCCAUGUUCAAAAUCUAUCCAUCAAGACGAACUAAAACAGAGAGCUAUUAAAAGAUAUAUUGAACUAAAGGGAGGAAAAAGUGAAAAACUUGUUUCAGGCUCGGAUGAUUUCACUCUGUUUCUCUGGGAGCCUGGAGAGAGUAAAAAACCAUUAGCAAGAAUGACAGGUCAUCAAGCUUUGAUCAAUGAAGUUCUGUUCUCGCCUGACGGUCGAAUUAUUGCAAGCGCAUCUUUUGAUAAAUCCAUUAAAUUAUGGGAUGGAAACUCUGGAAAGUUUCUAACAUCUUUACGUGGUCACGUGAGCUCAGUAUACCAGAUAGCGUGGUCGGCUGACUGUCGUUUACUGGUCAGUGGAAGUGCGGAUAGUACACUGAAGGUGUGGAAUGUAAAAACAAGAAAGUUGGAAGAAGAUCUACCAGGUCAUGCUGACGAGGUGUACAGUGUUGAUUGGAGCCCAGAUGGAACACGUGUUGCCAGUGGCGGUAAAGACAAAGUCUUAAAAAUAUGGCGAUCCUGAGCAAUUUGAUACGAAACAGUGAAGUGAUAAUAUUAAUUCAUUACUGAUUGAGUCAUUUUCACGGUUUGACCAAUAAACGAGUAAAAAAACUAUGUCGCCGUAUGAACCAUUAACUGGAGAGUCAGGCAGUGGAUCGGGCGAUGGCAGUGGAUCAUAUGAUGGUAGUGGAUCAGGUGAAUAUAGUGGAUCUGGAGAUUGGGAUGAUGCUCCCCUAUAUCCAAGAUCCUUCAUGAUAUUUUUGUGUAUCGUAGCUGGAAUCAUAGUUGUUGUGAAUAGUUUCAUCGUCGUGCUAGUCUGGCGAAAUAGAAAACUU